AGGGUGAGUUGCGAAUUGCAGGUUCGAAGAUGUCUUAAAUCAAUCGUAAAUGUUCCUUGGAAGCGAUUGAUUUUAAUGUAUUUGCAGGGAAAUUUCUGUGCGUUUUCCCGUUUUUCUUUAAUUGCGUGUGCGACUAUUGUUGUCAUAUGGUGAAUACACGUCGCAGUGAUGCAAUAUACAUAUCGCAAGUAACUAAGCUCGUUUCCGUGUGAUAUAUGGAAAUAUGAUUGUGUUGGCAUUUGUAGAAACAACUAAAUUCGUAGUGUAGUGUACAACAUAUCGAGGAUUAUUAAGAAAAAGGGAAAUAAAACGGCACACGAUGUCCUGGCUGAACGAUAGCCUGAACAACAUCAAGGGGCAGAUCAGCAGCUUCGCGAGCGGCGUUUUAGCGGAGGAGGACCCGCACGACACAGGCGGCGGUUCUGACGCGACAGAUUGGAAAACCCUCGUUGCUGCUCAGGAAAACGAGAUUGAGUUGCUGAAGAGGCACAAUGCUGAGCUGCUGGAGAAGGUGCAGAGGAAUAUCAAAGUUACUAACGAAACAAACGAAGAUGGCUGGGGCUGGGAAACGCAGGAGGAGGUCAGAGUGGAAAGCGCGACUGAGGACGUGGAGAGGCUGAGAAGGAGAAUCGAAGAGUUGGAGGUUGAAAAAAGGGAUUUAGUUAGCAGUUUGGAGCAGUUGGAUCAGGACUGUCAGCAGACAACAGAUAAACUGGUUACCAUCAAGGAUGAGCUUCAGGCGCACAAUACGAAGCUCUGUGGUGACGUAGACGAAUUGCGAAGGAAGAACGAGUUUCUCCAGAAAAUCAACGAUGAAAACCAACGGAAAAUUUCCAAGCUUGAAGCCGAAGCCGAUAAGGAGAAAGUAGCGGAGUUGACUAGUAAAUUAAUCGAAUUGGAGGCAAAGGAUUCGGAAGCGGAAGGAGGAGAAGGAAGCAUUUGCGGUGAUGGCUGCAAACAAAUUGCGGUUAAACUUUUGGAGGUUGAACAACAGUUCGAGGACUACAAAAGCCGCAGCCAAAUCCAUUCGGAAGAUUAUUUGAAAUUGGAAAGGAUUCUGGAGAAGUACGAGAAGAAAGUGAGCGCAUACGAAAAGGAGAUCGGAAGAUUGAACAAGUUCCAAGAGAAAUUCAACGCCAUUCAGGAACUCGUCCAGAGCGAAGCCGGCCUAACUUUAGAUGUAAGCAACUUUACGGUAACUCUUAAACGAAUCCUCGAAGAGUAUGCAAGUCUUAAGCGCGAUUCCUCUGCUUUCCAAACGGCCACCAAGAAAAUGGACGAAGAAUUGCAAAGGUUGCUCUCGGAAAACCGUAAACUCAGCGAUGAAAUCCAUUUGAAGGAUCAGGAUCUCAAGCAUUACGAGGAAGAGUGCAACGAUUUGAUAAAGAACAAUGAGAUGCUCAUCCAGCGCGUGGAGGAAUCGGGAAACCUUCAGUCUAUCCCCGAAACCAACGAAGAGAAUCUCUUGCUUUUAGAAAAUCAAUUGGAUGCGGCGAACGAGAGGAUCAAAGAGCUGGAGAACAUCCCGAGCGAUGACGUCAAGAACAAGUAUGAACGCUUGAAAACGAAUUACAAGGAACUGGAGAACGUCAAAGAGGGUUUAAUGCACAACCUAGAAGAUAUGAAAUCUACCUACGUGGACUGCUUCCACGAGAAAGAAAAUUUAAAUUCGACUGUUGAUCAAAUCAAGAUCGAAUUCGAAAACACCGAAUAUAAAUAUGCGGAGCAGAUCAUCAACAUGGAAACUCUCAAGGAAGAGAUUGAAAAUCUGACGACGGCCAUCGAGGAUUUAUCGAAGAAGAACAAGAAACUUGAAGAAUUGAAUGUAGACUUUGAGACGAAGAACGAGCUGCUACAAAAGGAGGUGGACGAUUUGAAGCAGGAGUUGACUACCGAAUUGGAUAACAUGGAGCAGAAGGACGCCGAGCGAUUGACGCUGAUCGAAAAAUUGCAAGGUACGAAAAUGGCAGAAACUAGUUUAAAGUUGCAGCACGAUACGUUGCUGAAGGAAUUUGGUAACAUGCAAGCGGCAAAUCAAAAAAUUACAGGCAACGUCCAAGAGCUGAACGCAAAUAUCGAAGUUUACAAAGAGAAGCUUUCCAAAUCCGACGAAGAGAAUCAGAACUUGAAGGAGAUUUCGAGUAACGUGCAGGAGAUCAUCGCCGAGAAGAAUAUUCUGUUGGAGGAGAGAAAUCAGCUACAGCGUGCGGUCAUGGAGCUAGAAGAGAAUCUUUCCGCAUCUGGUGAGGAAUUGCGUCUGCAAUUGGAAGCCUCGAAUGCGCAGAAAGAUCAGAUCCAGGCGGAUUUCGAAAACUUCAAGAGCAGCGUGGCCGAAAACAAUAAGCCGUUAGAGGAUGCCAAACAGUGCGAGCAGCUGCAAGCCCAACUAGUCGAACUUACCGAGAACAGAAAUCAGAUGAUUCUGCUGAUUCAGGAGAAGCAUCAGGAGAACGUUAACUACCACGGAGAGAUCCAGAGGUUGCACCAGUUGCUGGCGGCGGAGACGGAAAAGUGCAAGCAGCUGGAGAGGAACGAGGAGAACGAGAAGCUGGCAGAGCAGAACGGUUUUCUGAGGGACAAAUGCGCCCGUCUGGCCGAGAAUCUGCUGCAGGAGCAAUCUAACGCACAGAAGAUCACGACGGAGUGGUCCGAGCGGGAAAUUGGGUUGCAGAAGAAACUUGAUAGUCUUCGGGAACAUUUGCUGACCAUCGAGGAUACGUACACGAAGGAGGUGCAAGUCGCUGAGUUGAAAUGUGAAGAGAUGCAGGCGAAAUUAAGAGAUGUCGAGGAGAGGGAAAGGCAUUCCAGCGAUAGGUACACCUCCGUGAAUAUUAGGGCGAAUCAGCAGGUCGAGACGUUGCAGACGCAAUUACAACUAGUCACAAAUCAGAGGGAUGAUUUCAAGAGAAAGGUUGACGAUUACGAGGAUCAAGUCUCAAGGCAAUCGGCGGCCGUUGUUAAUUUGCAGAGCGUCCUGCAGCAAUUCCAACGAGAAAAGGAAAAGGAUAUUUUCGAUGAGACCGAACGCAUCCGAAGGCAGAUCACCAGCGAGAAGAAGGUCCAGGACAUUUUGAGGCAGGAGAUCGGCGAGCUUCGGCUGCAGCUGGAGGAGAGCAAGGAGGGAUUGAUGGCGGCGGUGCGAUUGAGCGAUCAGAUGGAGGCUUCCAAGAAGCAGGUGGUUCAGAUGAAGGAAGAAGUUGCAAAAUUGCAAAGCGAUUUGACCAGAUCCGAGGAUAAAUGCAGCAAAUUGUCGAACCAGACGGACGGGAAGGUGGACAAGAUGCUCAUCAAGAAUCUGAUCAUCGGUUUGGUCAGCAGCAACAACAAUCUGAGCAAGGAUCAGAAUCAGAUCUUGAAGAUCAUCUCCACCGUGCUGGACUUCAAUCAGCAGGAUAUAGAGAAGGUGAACCUGAACAGGAACCAGCAGCAUUCGUGGUUCGGGUCGCUUCUGCAUCCGCAAGGACAGGCCAUGACGCAGGAGAGCCUCUCGCAGGCCUUCGUCAAGUUCCUCGAGGCCGAGUCCAAGCCGAGGAUUCUGCCCAAUCUUCUGGAGAGCUCUUCGGAAUCGGUAGGAAAGGAGGAGAACGGCGGUGCCAAGAGGAAAUCGCCGCAACCGUUGCUGCUCAACGAGGUCGUUUUGCCGACGUUCGCAGACUUCGGACAGAGCAGGAAUUCCAGUUCAAUCCUGAAGGACGUGCUUAAGGAUAACAGCUAGACCGAAUUCGACAAUCGUUCCUUUGCAUUCCAAUUUUAUUUAUUAUGUAUUAUAGCAAUUCUGUUGAUAUUUAAAAAAACAAAUAAAGAUUUAUAGCCCUCGACGAAUUUCACCAAUCGGUGGACACUCUUGCGAUGUUAAAACAAUAUACUUUACCAGCUGUUACUAGCGCUGUUUGACUCUGUAUUAUAUAUAUAAAUAAAUAACAAUAUGUAACAA